AUGACGUCCGUCGUGCUGAAGGAUAAGUCGAGCGUCGGUAAGACCGCGACGAUGGAGGCAAAGAAGGCCACUGAGGGACUGGCGCUUGGGAUACUUGACACGGCGAGGGGGAAUGAGGAGGAGGAGGAGGAAGUUGUACUCUUACGGGAGGUCCGUGCGGACGCCAAGGCGCUGCAGGAUGACAUUUCCAAAACAAUGCAGGAAGUGAACGCUCUGCAGGAGGAAGCGGGAGUGUUUAAAUGCGCCGCCGGGGCCACUGGCAGGGGAAAAGGCAUUUAUGUUGCGGAUGAAUGCCAACAAAUUGUUGGGCCAACUGAAGAAAAAAAAAAAACGUAA